UGUUGAGCCGACGGAUGUGAAUCGCGAUGGUUGGGCCGUCGCCGGGCGUCCAGGCCGCCGAGCAGCCGGGCUUCCUCAGGUUGCCCCUGGACAAGGAGCAGCAGCUGAUAAGCGACCAGCCCCUCGAGGCCUCUUUCCACGUCGAAGAGGAACCCUUCGCCAGGGGAAAAUUCGCCGCGGUUCGUCGAUGCAUCGAUCGCCACAGCAAGAAGACGUUCGCCGCCAAGUUCCUGAAGAAAGGUCGUGGCGGCACCUUAAGGCCGGAAAUCCUGCACGAGGUGGCCGUCCUGGAGGCGUGUUCCUCGUGUCCGCGCAUCGCCAAGCUCGAGAGGGUUUUCGAGUCGGACGCGGAAAUGGUGCUCCUCCUAGAAAUGGUUUCUGGUGGCGAACUGCAAAGUCUGUUGGACAGAGACGAAAUGUUGGAAGAACGUGACGUGGCCAGGCUAAUGCGUCAGAUCCUGGAGGGAAUCGCCUUCCUCCACUCUAUAAACGUCGCUCACCUCGACAUCAAGCCUCAGAACUUGGUGCUGACGGGUGAGUGGCCGACCUGUGACGUCAAACUGUGUGACCUGGGCAUCUCCAGGUAUGUGGGACAGGGUGCGGACGUCCGUGAAAUCCUCGGCACCCCUGACUAUGUUGCCCCUGAGGUGCUCAACUAUGAGCCCAUCAGUCUGGCGACGGACAUGUGGUCUGUGGGGGUGCUGCUGUACGCGGUGCUCACCGGAUACUCGCCCUUCGGGGGAGACACCAAGCAAGAAACCUUCUGCAACAUCGCACACUGCCAAGUCGACUUUCCAGAAGACCUCUUCGAGGACGUUUCACUAGAGGCGCAAGACCUCAUUGCGAAACUGCUCGUCCGAGACCCCAGCAAACGCUUAAGCGCGUCCGAGUGCCUGGAGCACCGCUGGUUCUCCGUGUUCACCCCUGUGCCAUGCGAGCCAUUGUGCGAGCCUCCACCACUGCCUUCGUCAUCGCCUCCCCCGCUGCCGGACACCCCUCCACCACUACCAUCUUCAGCCCCGCCGGACGCUGUGUACAGGGUACGGCGGUGCUUUGUGCUGGACGAGUGUGACGACAGCGCCACCAGCGACUCGGUGUCUGACAUGUCCAUCGACUCGGACAGCGUCGUGUCCCUGGACGAGGAGCCGUGCAGUUGGGACAACGCGCGCCUCUUCCGGCAACAGCUGCUGCAGCAGGCGCGCAGUCCGGCGGGCGUGCGUCAGCCGGGGGCCUUUGCGCGUGCGCGUAGUGUCUUCAGCGGUGGCGACGCGCAUGCGCAGAUGCGCACGCGCGUCGAACUCUCGCGCGAGGGCAGCGUCGUCGUGAUGCGCGAGCGCCAAGAUGGCGGCGCGUGGCGCGUCAGCCGCAUGGAGCCCAUCGAGUCGCGUAUGCGCAGACUGGCCAUCGCGUGACGUUUUCUGUGAUUUGCAAAUUUCACUCUCUCUGUCCUUGAUUUGUAUUUUCUCAAAUGAAAAGCGGACUGGACGCGUGACAGGGCGUCAAAAUUUUUCUUAGUCACUAUUAAAUUUAUUUUAUUUUUUAUCUCGUUUGAUACUGCGAAUGUGUGAGAGUGAGUGCGUGUGGAGCUGGGACUCUUGUUCAUUUUAAUUAUUGUAUUGCGGAUGGAAAACGAAAAUCACCAUUUGAUCUGUAAUUUAUUUUUCUACAUGUUGAUUAUUAUUUUGAUUGCUGAAACAUUAUGAUCAUCUCGCUUGUGAAUUUGUGUCUCCUAAUAAAAGUAGCCACCAGGAUAUUUAUGUAUCCUAAAAUUUAAA